CAAACACAAACAAAGGAGGAAUAGAACAAGCAGGGGAGCCGUUUCAAAGGCAUAUCCCACAUACUAGUACUACUAAUCAUAGACAAACCAAACCGUUAUUUUUUCCUGGCAUAGGCUAAUAACUUAGGAGGUUAACCUUGUCAUCUAUAUUUACGAAUGUGAUGUGUGAUUCAUGCAAGAACUUUCCAAAGAAGCUAGUGUUCAUAUGAGUUAGUGAAAAUGCUAGAAGUCAAAGGUCCCGGAGCAUAUUUGGGGAUUUCAAGUGAUUAUUAAGAUGUCAUUUAUGACGAGAAGUAUUCCAGUUAAUUUUUUUGCUGAAAAAGGAAAGAAUAUUACAGGUGCUGCUAAAUAACAGAUUUGAACCACCUCAGCAUUUCAGUUCUUUCUAAUGGUAUUUCAUUUUUGUAUAAGCAGAGAUGAAUUGCUCACAAAAUUCAAACGAAGGUGCACCUGUCGCUGUAACGACUCAGGUGGCAGCAGAAGGUACUGGAGAUGACCGCCUUGCUUCAUCAUCACCUCACAGUCAACUGCCUUCAUUUUCAUUUGCCACAGAUCUUACAAAAUGUAUCCCAUCUUGGAAACAAAUAUUCCCGUGGUUACAUUAUGAAGAAAAAAUUUCAAUGUUUACCUGUUUACUAUGUGAAUGGGGAAGUAUGGACCCAAAUUUUAUCAAAGUUUUUCAAGUUUCAGUUCCAAAAGAUGUCCAUCUAGUUGCAAAAAAAUUGAGAAAACACAAGGAGAGUCAACACCAUCAGAAAAUAUCUAGAAAACGCCAAACUCUCUCAGACUUGUGUAAGUACAUGUAUCCACUAUUGAAAACUUUCUCACAAGACACCUCAAGUUUAGAAGAUAUCAUUCAGACAGUAACGGAAUUAGCAGGAGGUUCUUUUCCAGGACCUCAAGACACCCCAUCAAAAUUUGCCUUUGCUGGCUAUAUGAGCAAACGUAUUGCUGAAUGCAUAGAAGAGGAUCUUUUGAAUUCACUGUCAGAAAGCCCAUGUUUUAGCAUCCUAACCUUGGAAAACUAUGAAUACAUCAUAUUACGAUGGAUUAAUUCCAGUGGGGAGAGUGAAGAGCACCUCUUUUGUAGUCACAUAGGUUUUCCAGGCCAAGAAAUCUCUUGUAUAACAUAUUUAGAGAAUCGGAGCAUUGAUAUGAGUAAAUUGGUAUCAUAUACAGUUCUCUCUAAAUCUUCAGAAGGUGAGACCAGUCACAAAAUGUCUCCAGUUAUUAGCUCCCCUGUCCGCUGUCCAGAUUUUGAACUCUUUGUAAACUGGGUAGAGGAAGCGAGCUUUCUGAAGGAACUUUUUGAACAUCUGAAUGUGUUGACUAGACUCUGUAAGACAUAUUUUCAUAAAUAUGCAGGUUUCCCAGAGGCAUAUGAUUUGAUAUGUAUUGAAGAACCAUUCAGUCAGAAUUGUAUUUUAAACGAGAAAAUAUUAACUUUUUACUUUGAAAACAUCAGCUUGCUGAGGGAUAUUGCCACAGCCAUUCAUAAAAAGACAAGAAAUAUGGAUGCUUAUGGCUUUAGUUCUCAGAAAUUGCGCAAUCAGGACAUCAUGGCUCGAUGUGCUUUUCUAUUUCCCAAGUUGCAUGUGAUAAUGAAGUCAUUGUUUUUAGAUCGUAAUCAGUCAGCAUGUAAAGCACUGGAGAAUUUCAAUGAGGAAAUAUGUAUGAGAAUGAAAGAACUUCAGGAAGAUAAUGAUGAAUAUGUUCUUCUUUCAUUGUUUAACAUAUAUGUGUCACACCUGAUUGUAACCCGCCCAUCAAAAGAAAAACACGUCACUGACAUACUGUCAAAGAAUGCAAAUGACGUUACACGAGAAGACAUUGGUGUUUUGUUACCAAGUUUGCUGAGAGAAUACAAACACAUUGGGAGCAAACAGUUACUGGAAGAUUUUAAAGCUCUACAGUCAUGUAUAUCAGACAAGAAAGACUGUAGCAUGCUUCAUGUUCUUGAAAUUCUUCAUGCAACACCAGACUUGCAAAGCAAGUUCCCUCAGUUUUCCUUACUCAGCAAAAAAUCAAAGGUGCUUCCUUGUUUUCUGGCCAAAAAACAGCAGAGUCUUUUUAAUGUUGCCUCUCUUCAGAUGUUCUUGGCAGGACGUGUUGCAAAUCACUUGAAACAUCCCAUUACCCUUAUCAUUUUAGAAGGUCCUUCAUGUGAACAGAUAAGUGUAGAUCAAGUUUUGGAAAUGUGGUCAAGAAAAUGGAAAACUGGACUUCCACACAGAAUGAAUUUUUCAGGCCUGGGAGAAUGUGUGUACAAAAUUUGAUGGCUGCUAGUUUCACUAGGUUGCUUGUUAUAAACUUGUGUCUUUUUUAUUUAAAGAUACAUUCCAAUGCUGAUGAUUAACAAAUUUAAACACUGUCUUUGCAGGCGGAAGUUUGAGUGUAGUAGUAGGCAGGUGAGAUAGUUUUGUGAUGGGGAAACUUCUCUUGCCACUGACUUGUUUGCUUUUUUCCUCAUUUCCACUCCACUGUUUAGAUAUUUUUCUUGCUUUAGCAUAGUUAUUUUAGUGGAAAGAACAUUAUGAUUCAGUGUAUGAGAAAUGAUUGCCAAUUGCAGAAAAAUUAAUCCAGAGAUAAAACUCAAGGGAGCUAAGAUGUAUAAUAGAAGAAAGGGUACUACGGUAGGAGAAUAAGGCAGCAGUUGUUUCUUUACGCUCAAGCAUUGGGAACUUCAAAACAAAUAGAAUUUAAGUGUGCUACGUUGAAGCUAUCAUUCAGUUGCCAUCAAAAUUUUAAGAUAAGACCAAAGAAAAGCAUUUAAAAUAUUGUUCAAGAUAGCAGCAUUGGCAUUUUGGUUGGCUAGACUUCAGCUAUUCUGUUAAAGCACCCACAGUAGGCAUAUUUGGCAGACCACACGAGAAUCUCAGGUUUUAUCAAAGAUUGUACCUAGAUGGAAAUUUCAGGGACCACUGCAGCAGAGUGAUUUAAGUGUCAAAGGCUAUACUAGUUCAGUUUCUUAAAUUUGCAAAACGGGGAGGUUUCUUACAUGAACAUAUUUUUUUGUUCUACAUAGAAUUUAUUAUUUUUGAAAUGGUAUACUGUACCAGCUGCCAUCCUUCAGAUUGGUUGAAGCAGCUUUGCUUUGUUCAGGAGGCUAAAGGACUCUUAACUUAGUAAGUAGAUUUCUUAAAGGCAUUAUUGGUAACAAGACAGUUUAUCUUUAGCAGCACUGCCAACUGAAAUUGGCAAAAAACAUUUUGUAGCACCAUUGUAUGUAUCUGAAAACAUAUCAGCUAUAUUUUUUAUUUUUAUUGUAAAAUUUUUUGUUUAGAUCUUGGAUUUUAUGUGAACUUUAAGGACUCAUAUUGUAAGUACUACUGGCUGUUCAUGUAACUGAAUAAGUAUGUAGACAGUUUUUUAUAAGCAAGUUCAUGCACCAAUGUUGUAUUGUUACAGUAAGAUUUGGUUGGUAAAAUGAGUGGUGUUUCAUUGCCACUUUAUAGCGUGGUCUGUAUGACUUGCAGUGAUUUUUAUAAAGAAUAAAUGUUUCUAUAUUAAAA